GUCAAUUUUAGCAUUUUUCAGUCAGUUUAAAGUUUAAACUGUUUCAUCGGUUCGAUUGAUUUUUCAUGCUUCAUCCUCAAACCAUGAACUGCCUAUGAAUUGGUUGGUUUUCAUAGGUUUUGGUUUUCUUUGAUUUUUUUAUAUGGGUCAAGGUUUUGGUUGGGUAGGAGUUCUCUUUAAUUUAUUCCCUGAAUAUGACUAAUUUGAUUAACCUUCCAUUUAUGCCCCGUCUCGGGCCUAAGACGUACGUGUCUUUCUCUGCUCCAUACCCAGACCUUCUGUUUCUCCCCCAUCUCCCCUUUAUCCUCUCCCCCAUCUUCCAUCCCCAAAUCCAAAUCUCAUUCUCUCUCAUUUACCAUCCAAAAAUUUGAAUCUCAGGCCUCUAUUUUAUUCUCUUCUCUUGUAUAAUAAUUUCAAUUUUAUUUAACCCAUCUCAAUUUUCUUUCUUUUCCGGUGAUUUUUUGAGAUAUGGAUGAUGAAUUUUCUCUCCAUUUCCGGCCACCGAUGAGUGGCGAACGGUGGUGAGCGGCGAAAGGUGAACGGCGAUGAGCGGCAAACGGCCACAAGUGAACGACAUAUGUCCAGAUCAGUGGAGGCCGUGGUGGGGCUAGAUGAGGCACACUGGUGCUGGAUGAGGCGGCGACAUCGUCACAUAUGGCGGCGACGCCGAAUAUGGAGGCGGUCGACAGCAAAGCUAGAUAAGGUCAAAGAUGGAGCAACUUGUGGCGCCUGUGGUAGGGACAGAGCUAACGCCGGUGCAGGUGGCACCGGCAGCAACGCCAAUGGUGGUGGUGGCGGCGACGUCAGUGGUGGCGGUGGAGGUGGCACCAGAGAUGGCUAUGUUCCUUGCAUGAAGACUGUGCUGGGACUUCAAUUUUGUUUUAUUGUUUUAUUUUGUACUAUGAAUUAAUAAAAAAACUGAUUUAUUCAUUAAGGGUAAUGUUGUCCAGUCAUCCCUUUUUACUCCUAC